UUACCGUAUAGGAAAUGAGGGAUGCAUGAAUUGAAUCCUCACAAUAUGAAAUGUAUCCAAACAUUAAAUGGCGUUAUCCCGAAACGCCCACCCAAACACCCACUUAUCCUCAACGUUAAUCUCUAUUAUUUUAGUAUUUAGUAAAAUAAAAAUUCCAGCGCUGCAUUGUACGGCCAUCACGUUUCACAAAGCCUUUUUUCCUCAUCGUAUAUAAAACCAGCUAAUUGCUUUGCACCACUUCAUUCAUUUCACUCAAUCCAAAUUCCAAUUCCCUUCCAUUUCAGAGAGAGAAAUAAUGUCGCAGAGCAGCGAGUCGCCGUCCUCCGCCGCCACCGGCGGCGAGAUCAUGCUGUUUGGUGUCAGAGUCAGAGUUGAUCCAAUGAGGAAGAGCGUCAGUAUGAAUAAUCUGUCUGAAUACGAGCCUGUGGUUAACAACGGGAACGAGAUUCCCAAGGAUGCGGCCGACGCCGGCUACGCCUCCGCCGAUGAAGCCGUGCCUCAUCCAUCCGCCGGGAAUCGCGAGCGUAAGCGAGGAAUUCCGUGGACAGAGGAAGAACACAAGCUAUUCCUCGUUGGAUUGCAGAAGGUUGGCAAGGGAGAUUGGAGAGGUAUAUCGAGAAAUUACGUCAAGACCCGCACUCCGACCCAAGUCGCCAGUCAUGCUCAGAAAUACUUCCUCCGCCGUAGUAACAUUAAUCGCCGCCGCCGCCGUUCUAGCCUUUUCGACAUCACCACCGACUCGGUUACUGCAAUGCCAAUUGAAGAGGCGGCCAAGAACCACCACCAAGAGAGCCCACUUCCGCCACCAACCACGGUGCCUCUGCCCAUCACUUCCAACGGCAGCAAUGGAUUCUCAGUCGUGCCUUUCCCCGUGACAGUCUCCCCCGUCAUGUUCACUAUGCAAAGUGGAAACACAGCCAUUGCUCAAACCGAAGUGGCCAAAAACUCAUCACCAACAAUGCUCGUUUGCCCUGUGCCUUGCUCCUCAACAAUGGUGGAUCUCAACUUGAGGCAACACGUCGUGGUCGAGCCAUCGCCUCUAUCUUUGCGGCUAUCUCUUUCCUCCGGCCAGGAUCAGCCGGCCGCCUCCGCUUUCCAGAUGAUGCAGGGCUUCAAGAAUGGAGAUAGCAGCAUAAGCGUUGCUUGAGCUUUUUUUCUCGUGCAUUGAGAAAAUAAAACCUGCUGAAAAACAGCAUUAAUGUUAAUGAGAAGGAAACCCGUAAAUGGGAGUAGGAAAAAAAAAAAGCUUUAAUCAAGAAAAAAGAUAGAGAAAUAGGCAAAUUAGUUCGGCUAGAAAUUGAUCUUGUUUGCAUUUGUACAGACCGGAGAAAAUUAUGUCAUGCUGUGUUGUACUCCUAAUAUUUUUUAGAUGCUUCUGCUCCUUUUUUUUUUGUUUCUUUUUUCUCUGAGUUUGAAAAUUAUGGACUAUGAUGUUUUAAUA